CUUUGGUGGAAAGAAAUGGCGAGUUUUGAGAAGCCUGCUGUGAUAAUCGACAACGGCAGCUACUGUAUAAAGGCCGGAUUUUCGUGCGACAAUCACCCUGUGGCGAUCUUUCGUACAGUGGUCGGCCGCCCCAAUACUAUUGCGGGCCGCUACGGGCGCCCCGGCCAGUACUACGAGAUUCUUAUCGGAGACGAUGCGGGAUUAAAUGCUGUGAGGUUUACUUUGAAGCACUUAAUGUGCCGGCGUUAUGCAUCCAAGCCCAAGGAGUUUUUGCCCUGUACGGCGCCGGCCUCACCACCGGCUUGUCCGUCGAUAUUGGCUACGACAGCACUGAUAUCUGUCCCGUGUACGAGGGAGGCCUUGUCAAUUACGCGCAAGUGCGGACAGGUUACGCUGCUCGACAAAUAUUGAGUUUCUUUACAGAAUAUCUACUGAAAAGAGAUGUUGAUCUGGGUCAUAAUUCAGGAGCUAUUAUAGAUAAUGUAUUCCGCACCAGCCUACAUGUGAAACAGAUCCUAAAAAUGCCACGUAGGGGCUA